CCCGCUAGCUUUCUUGUCCUGCAGAGAAAGAUCUCAGAAGUCGUCUGACACUAAGUUUAGGAGGAAAACGACUGCUUGUGUUCUUUUUCACUUGUGGAAGUGCUUUCAAAAGUGUUUCAUUGGAUAGCAAAAUGAAUAACAAAACAGGUUGCUUUUUAUGGAACCUCAGACAAUUCAGUACCCUAGUUCCAGCAAGCAGAAGAACUGUGAGGCUAGUAGAUCUUUUGGGAUUUUGCAGACCAAAAAUUGUUCAUCCAAACCGGAACCCAAGAAACCUUUUUUUAAAUGACUUUGAUAAUAGAGUGCAUUCAUCUAUUAGAUAUCUUUUUCAGAAUGCACUGACUUUUAAAUCGGGAGAUGAGGGCUUUCAAACAAACGGCAUAAGCACUGUAACAGUCCCUACAGUUGACAGAUUACUUUGUCCUAGAAGACUGUCCUUUGACUCAAAACACUUUUUUGUCUCUGUUGGUACACCUGAUGAUGGAGUGAAGAAAAUAAACUUUCAUCAUGAGGUCUCCAAUGAAGAUGUUCUUAUCAACGAAGCAAAACCAACCCCUAUAACCUAUAGAAGACUGUCUCAGGAGUGUAAUUCAGUGAGUGAUGUAUUAGAUGCAUUUUCAAAAGCUCCUGCAUUUCCUAGUAGUAACUACUUCACAGCAAUGUGGAAAAUUGCCAAAAGUAUGUCGGAAGACCAGAAACACUUUGAAAAACAACUGAUGUUUAACCACCCUUCGUUUAACCAGCUGUGUGAACAAAUGAUAAGAGAAGCCAAGAUCAUGCACUGUGACUGCCUCCUGUUCAGUCUUCAAGCUAUGGUGAAACUUGGAAUCCCUCAGAAUACUCUGCUGGUACAGACUUUGCUGAGGGUGGUCCAGGAACGUAUCAAUGAGUGUGAUGAGAAAUGCCUUUCAGUUUUAUCAGCUGUUUUAGAGGCAAUGGAGCCGUGCAAGAAUGUGGACGUUCUUCGAGCAGGAUUGCGGAUGCUAGUUGAUCAGCAAGUUUGGAAAAUAGAACAUGUCUUCACAUUACAAACGGUGAUGAAAUGUAUUGGAAAAGAUGCCCCGAUUGCUCUUAAAAAGAAACUAGAGAUGAAAGCCUUGAGAGAAUUAGACAGAUUUUCUAUUUUGAAUAGCCAGCGCAUGUUUGAGGUACUAGCUGCCAUGAAUCACCGCUCUAUUGUACUCUUGAAUGAAUGCAGUAAGAUGGUCAUAGAUAAUAUCCAUGGAUGUCCUUUUAAGAUACUGCUCAGCAUAUUGCAGUCCUGCAAAGACCUCCGAUACCGUAAUUUAGAUCUCUUCAAGGGAAUAGCAGAUUAUGUGGCUACAACUUUUGACAUCUGGAAGUUGAAACAAGUUCUCUUACUCCUCAUCUUAUUUGAAACUUUUGGCUUUCGACCUAUUGGUUUGAUGGACUUGUUUAUGAAGAAAGUAGUGGAUGAACCCAGAUUCCUAAACAUGAAAAGCACCAUCGCUAUUCUUCAUGUGUAUUCUUCGCUCAAUCACUUCCACAAAUGCCAGAACAAAGAGUUCCUAGACAUUAUGGCUGGUGCUCUGACCGGUUAUCUUCACCAGAUCUCUUCUGAAAACCUGUUGUAUGCUGUGUGCUCAUUUUGCUUGAUGAACCAUUUUCCCUUGGCAGCUAUUAAUCAGCUUCUCCAAAAGGACAUCAUUAGCGAGCUGCUGACGUCAGAUCAUGUGGAGAGAAAUGUUCACAAGCUUCAUCUUUUGGAUACUUGUCUAGAACUUGAUGAUACUCCUUACCAUAGGUCUAUAGACAUAUCACUGCCACAAGUGCUGUCAGCACCAGUACAUCCAAAUACAAAGGUUGAAGAGGUGCUAAGUAGCCUUCUGGGAGGUGAAGGAUACUUCUCAAAAAAUGUACAGUUGCCGCAUAAUUAUUAUAUUGAUUUUGAAAUUAGAAUGGAUGCUAAUAGGAGUCAAGUGCUUCCAUUUUCUGAUGUGGAUGGGGUAUUGUCUGCUACAGAUACUCAAAGAGUAGGUGUGCUAUGUGUUCGUAGAUCUAGUUAUUGUUUGGAUUCAACCCACCCGAGAGGAUUACUUGCCAUGAAGAUGCGGCAUUUGAAUGUAAUGGGCUUUCAUGUGAUCUUGGUCAAUACUUGGGAGAUUGAAAAACUAGAGAUGAAGGAUGCAGUCAUGUUUUUGAAGACUAAAAUUUAUUCAACCGAAGCCCUUCCUACUGCUGAAGUAAAUUUGCAAAGCACGUAUUAAAGUGAAAAGCAACCUUUUUAUUUUAAGAAAGUUUGUAAAAAUAACUUUAAUAAAGACUACAGUUCAGUUUACGAUGGAAUUCACCUGACUGCUCACCACAAUUAAGUGUUACUUCAGUUCACUGUUAAAUUAGUUUUAAUAAUGAAGGAAUGUUGCUGCUGGCAUUUUAGAAUAUACAGAAAAAAAAAAUCAGAACCACACCUAUUCCAUCCAGUGCGUGGAUGUUAGACAAAUCAGUGAGCUCCUGGUUUUACUUUUCUCAUUAGCUAUGACACUGGGAACUGGCUUCUCAGUUGCCAUAGGUCACCAGGGAAGUCCUUGGGUUUGGUUCUGCAUCUUAUACUCCUAUUAUAAACUAUUUUAAGAUAACUUAAGGGCUAUACCUCCAAAUCAUUUUCAAGCAUUAGCCAGAUAGUAGUUGUCCCAGAUUCUUAAAUUGUAGGGUGUGUAAGAAUUAGUUAGGUAGCAGGUUAAAAAUGUAGACUCCUGGGGUUAGGGUGAGGAUCUGACAUCUGUGUCUGUACCAAGUACUCUGUAAGUGAUGCUUUUGAAGGUUGUUCCUGGGCCAUCCUUUCAGAAACACAGAUGAGACAAUACAUAGAUGGCAAGGAGUCUACUUUUAUUAAAACUGAGAGGCCAUUGGUUGUUACUAUUGUAACUCUUGCAGUUGUUGAGGUGAUUCCUUUUUCUUAACUUUCCUCCCCUUUACCCCUCCCACUAUUUCAUGAAGUCUUUUAAAUUAAAUAUAUAGCUCAACUGUGUUGUGAGUCAGACCUCAAAAUAGUUUCUCAAUUAUGUUGUUUAAUUAUUUCAUUUUGUUCAAAUAAUUGUUCAUUUGCUAUGUAUCCACUUACCUAUGAUCUGACCCUCUGAGGAUACACUGAUGAAUAGGCGUGGUCCCUUAUGCAACCUACAGUAUGCAUGCCAUGCAAAAUUGGUAUUAAUUUCUACCCCCACGUACACAGGCAAGCAGUUAUCCAGCAUCUUUCUGUGUGCCAGGCACUGCUAAAUAUUUACGUGUAUUAUCUCUUUUCAUUAUCUUAACAACCCUUUGAGAUGUUAGCUUGCUAGUAUGAUUUCCUCUGGGCCUUCAUUUCCUCAUCUCUAAUGGGAUUAAGUUAUUUGGCCAAGACUAAGCAGAUAGUAAAAUGAUAGGUCUGAGUUUGGACCUGAGCUUAUGAGAAAGUUGAGGAACUCCAGCAAUAUGAGAGCAGCUGUCAGAGGUUUUAGGUUUUAGCCCA